ACAAAAAUCCUCUCUUUUUUCAUCUGCCGCCAUCAAACCCUAAAAAAAUGGGGAAAGCGGCGAAAACCUCACGAAAGGGGAAAAAAGCAUGGAGGGCUAACAUCAAGACCGACGACAUCGACGAUUAUUUCGUGAAGAAGACCAAAGAUUCGCUCUGCGGAGCUUCUGAUCUCGCCGAGGCCCCCAUCGAUUCCAUCUGCUUUGAUGACAAAUCCCAAUCUACAGUUGUUUCAGAUAUCCCUGUCAAACGAAAGAUUGAAAAGCGUAGGGAGAAAAUCCUCCACCAUGAGAGAGUACUGGAAAAGAAUGCAUAUGUGAAACCCGUGCCAUCUUCAACUUUGAAAAAGUGCAAGAAGAAGAAGAAGGAUUUUGCCAAAUCAAAAUCCGAGACUCAAAAUACCUCUAAUGAUGGGGAUAUAGCUCCUGCUGUCGUUGACAUAUGGAAUGAUAAAGGUGAAGCAAAUGUGAAAGCAAGGAAGGUUAGCAGAAUUUUUUUCAUUUUACUGGUCUUGACACUUCCACCUGGAUGUUCUUUCAAUCCUCCAUUUGAAGCACAUCAGGAUUCAUUGGCCCAAGCUGUUGCUGAUGAGAUGCAAAAAGUUUAUCAAAAAGAGUUGGCACCUCAACCAGUGCCCCUUGUAGUUGCUGGCGAAGUAUUUGAUGAAGAAGAUAAACUUUUCUUGGAUGCAGAUGGUGGAGACGAGAGUGAUCUGGGAGAGGAGGAUAUGGGCAAUGAUGGUGGUGAACAACUUGCAGACAGAAAACCAAAAGAAAAGAGAGUUACAAGAGUAGUGCAAAACCGAAGAAACAGGCGCAAAGAGCAGCUUAAAGCAGAAGAAGAGGCAAAGAAGAAGGAUAAUUUUUCGAAAGAAAUUGAUAGUUUAUCAGAUAUAAUGAAAGAAAUAGCAGAAGAGGAUGAAGAUAAAAAGCGAAGACAUCUGAGGCGUGAAGUAGCUAAGCAAGAAAAACUUAAAUCUGGUCCUCCUCGCUUGGGAAAGCACAAGUUUAAGCCAGCUCCCAUGCAAGUUCUUUUGACGGAAGAAAUUUCUGGGUCUCUGAGAAAGCUGAAGGCUUGCCCCACUCUAGUGAGGGAUCGGUAUAAGAGUUUUGAGAAGCGUGGUUUACUCGUCCCUAGAGCUAAAUAAGCAGGGGGAGAUUUUCGAUGGUUCGAUCUGAGUCGUUGCUUUUGGUGUUUUGAUCUGGGUGCGUCUUCGUUUCAAUAGUUCUGAUGUACGCAGACUAUUUAAGUAUGUGCUUUCGUUUGUUGAUGAAGAAAUAUCCAAUUUUUGCAUGUGGCUACCCCCUUUUUUAAUCUAUUUUCUAUAAUUGGAAAAAAAAAGAAAUUUCUUUC